AUGUCUUCAAAGAAACUGAGAGUGUUAUUGACUAAUGAUGACGGUCCCCCGGGGAAGGACUCGCCUUACAUCUACGGCCUGUAUCGCCAUCUGACGAGAGAUCUCUGCUGGGAUGUGCGAGUUGUGAUUCCGAGCACGCAGAAGUCGUGGAUCGGGAAGGCGUAUCAGAUUCAUGAUAUCAUCAGCGGGAAGUACUACUAUCCCCGAGAUCCUGAUGGAGCCGGAGAAGUUUCGCAACAGCCUAGACCUCUGAAGGACGAUGAAGUUGCGGAGUGGAUUCUGCUGGAUGGGACACCGGCAACGUGCGCGAACAUCGCCCUCCAUAAUCUGUACCCCGAGGAGAUUGAUUUACUGAUAUCGGGCCCAAACCACGGCCGUAACAGUUCUGCGGCGUUCGCACUCUCAUCUGGUACCAUUGGUGCCGCCCUCUCGUCCAGUCUCUCUCGACUACGAUCAAUCGCCCUCUCCUAUGGCAUCGUGUUGAAACCUACGCCGACAACCCUGAUAGAGCCUGCCCACCUGCUGAGCUCCAAGAUUGUGCGGCACCUCUGGGAGAAUUGGGGUGAGGAUGAGGGUGGACUUCGCAAUGGCGAAGUGGACCUCUACAAUGUGAACAUCCCCCUGAUAAACGACCUGUUGACUGAGGAGGGCCUGCCGAUCUGCUGGACACACAUGUGGCGUAACUCUUAUGGAAGCCUGUUCAAGGUACACACACCGCGUGAGGCGGCCAGCCCUAUGUCUGCCGCAGGUCCCGAUGCUUUAGAUGGUCCGAACGAUGUCCGUUCGAGUUUGGGCGAGAAAGAAACACCGUUGAAGGAUUUAGGCAACUUGCUGUUCAAGUUUGCACCUGACAUGCAGGAUCUUAUCAAUCCCGCUUUAUCCACUGUUCCUGUCGGCUCUGAUGGAUGGGCUAUCUUGAAAGGAUGGGUAAGUGUGACUCCCAUUCGAGCCAGCUUCGCAGAGCCAGGGGAGCAGAGGUUGCAGUCUAUCGCGGAUGUUGAGCAGCAGGUCUGGAAGGUGAAGCUCUAA